AUGGGAAUCAUGACAACUACUAUGACAGACGACUUCGGACUAGGUGCGUUCUACAUGGUCGUCAAAGAGACGAGUUCGUAUCUUGUUUUUCAGCAGAACGUUUGUCGAGGGAUUGGCUUCACUUGUCUCUUUGACGAGUUCGUAGCUUGGUGCCGCAGAAUGGCAAGUCUCACUGAUGAUGCCGACUACGAUGCCGGCGAAACGUCUGAGAAUGUAUCAAGUCCACAGGAUGGCAAAACUCACAUGCCGACUACGAUGCCGGCGAAACGUUUGAGAAUGUAUCAAGUCCACUGUCAGAUGCUGGGAAUCAUGAUAACUACUAUUGCAGACGACUUUGGACUAGGUGCGUUCUACAUGGUCUUCCUGAAAACAAGACCAAGUUGCGACAACGAGGUCAACCCACGUAUUCCUUAUGUUAUCUCUGGAUGUUUUUCCAGAGUUUGUAUCAGAGCUUGA